CAACAGGCCGCCCAACGUCAUGGGCUGUCAUCCGUCGCGCACAUCUAACACCGGCCUCGAAGAUGGCUCUCUGCAAUUCAACUGCGACUCUCCUGAUGAUCGCAUUGAGGGCUGUCCCUUUCCCCAUGAUCCUCCUUCAGAUAAUGUCCCUGGUCUAACACCUACCGAUCAUGCCAUCGAGGACGACGCGAGGAUCAACAACCAGGAUGAGGAGCCCAUCAUCCACCACCUCCCGAUCGAAAUCCUGAGCGAGAUCUUCCGGCUCUGCGGGGACCCCUCCUCCGUUACGGACAUCCUCUCCCUCGGCCCCGUCCUCUUCCCCGCGCUCACGCCCACGCUCGACUUCGGUCGCCACACGUUCCUCGCCUCCGCGUUCGCCCUCCAGCAGGUCUGCCGCCGUUGGUACCACCUCGCGCGCGCGCUCCCCGAGCUCUGGACGCAGCUCGACUUUGGACAUCGCCUCCCCGCGGAUCCGGUGCGCGUGGCGGAGAUGUGUAUAGAGCGUGCGGGUGCGUUGCCGCUAACGUUGCGAUUGAGGCAGACGGAUAGCUGCGCGCAGGCUGCGUGCCGGGCGUUGUUAGGGGUGGUCGCAGAAAAUCCAGGGCGGUGGAGGCAGCUAGUGAUAGAGGUGCGAGACGGGGAUGUGGUGCUGAGGCCCAUGUUGGAGUGCGCGGAUGGGUCGAUGGCGGACUUGCAGGUGGCGGUGAUCAGGACGGUCCUGCCGUGGGGGCAGGCGCAGGGGUCGUGCAAGGUCGGCGUGCUGGCGAAGUUCCACUCGAAUUUCCCUGGGCUACGUCUCAUGCAUAAUAGUAUACCGUUGUACUUGUAUCUCACGUACGAAUUCAUGCUUCGUCUUGGCUCCUCGCUUGAAGCACUCGAGACCAUCCAUAAGCAUUACUCGGUCUCCGCACCCAAAAACCGGGUUGUAUCACGCAUGACUAUCGAGUUCGCUACGCCUCCGAAUGGCGAUGCGAGGGCCUCGCGCGGGCGCGGGCACUCUGACUCAGAUAGCGAUGAACAGGGUACCUCUUUGGCAUCGCAGGCGGCGCCGACGAGCUGCGACGCUUCCCUAGUCAUGAUAGAGCACUCGCAUCGUCCGAGUCGUCUCCGUGCCUUGCGCAACUACCUGGCCCACCGCCUCAUCCGAGGUUCCUCUCGCCACGCUGAAGCGGAAUCUCAGGCCGCCAUGAAUGAGCACGCCACGAACGAACCGAACGCGCCUGAACCUACUCCCGAAGAACGGAGUAGCAAUGAAUCUACAAGCUCCCCCAGUUCCCCCUCUGCUCUCACGACCCAGCUCAUUGUCGAUGCGAGUGAUGCUCGUCGCCAUGCGGGGCUCGAACGAGCGAUUUGCCAGAUGGAGGAGCGCCUCGCACGCCUCUCUGCCCGCCUAGACGAGGUUGAGAGGCGGCUCCCCGAUACGUCUCCGCUACCUUCUUCCGUCAACCCAUCGCCACCUGAACCUCCGGAUAACGAUCGCGAUCUGCCCAAGAGGAGCGCUGUGGGUGGACCGAUUGAGGCUCACUCUGCACCUCAUGCACGAUCUACGAGCCCAGCUAGCUCUCUAGUCGGGCCGCCUAGCUCUCGUCACUCCGCACCGAGGGCGCUCGCUUCAGAUGCUCAAGACGUUCCUCUUGUCGCCCCUCCCCCUACGUAUGCGUCGUCGUCGCCGUCGCCACCGUCGCACUCACCGCCUGGACUACAAAGUCAUCGGCGCCGCACGAGACCGGGAGCCGCUAAUGGGCGGAAUGGACCGCCUGUGACACCCACAACUCUCAAUAUAUCUGGGCAGUCCAUUGUGGAUCCACCAUCCUCUACGCUCGAAGCGUGGGACGGCACGCUGCCGGAUGGCGUCAGCAACGGUGUUCCCAGUCGUUCAUUGCUGGCUCCCGGGGGUGCUGCGUCAAUGGCUAUCGGAUCAUACCCUCUCGGUGGUGUACAAGAUGACACGGACAUGCCGCUGUCGCAGCCUCACGCUAAUCUGGACUGGUCGAUGCCGCCGCCGCCGCCCCAGCUUCCAAUCCCACUACCCGAUGUCGAAGAACACGACGACGGCGCUGCGCCACCGCCGUUGCGAGGCCCUGUGUCUCUGCCAGACAUCGAGGAGCCUGAGAUAAAGCUGACGCCUCUGCACCUUCCUGAUCCUCUGCCUACGGGUGACGACUUCGACAGUGGCGAUCUUGAUAACGCUCUCAAUUUGAACAUGACGCAUCCCGAGCUGCCUAUCCUACUUCCUCGACUUGAGUAUCGCCACCAAUCCCCGACCCCCUCCAUGGUCCCUGACGAUCCGGAAGCGGACGAUUUGGCGCGCGAACGAGCGAAGGUUCGGCUCCUUCAGCUGCUCCAAGAGCCCGGCCAUCCAUCUUCGCUCUCUGACCACGAUGUACAUCGAACACCCGCUGAUGCUAUUCCCCGAGGCCGAUCUGGCAUUUACUCGCUUGAUCAUCCUCCCUUUUCUCCUGAGGUCUCUGCUGCGGGGCACGUUCCUGGCGCUACCACGUUGGGCGCCAUUCCUCGACUGGCGGAGCAGGCGAGGCCUACGGAUGACAGCGCUGCCCACGACGCCACUAUAAAGAACAACGACGCAGUUGUAGCUCCCUCUGUCGUCACACCACCGGUGGAGGUCGGCGCCGACUCGGGCGUGCCCAACGUUAACCGAGCCGCGGAAGCGCCCACCGUGCCAAAGCCUCGGAGUACCGUGUCGAGGACCUCAUCUCCCUCUGGUCAUCUGCCUACCUUUGUCGGUGCCAGCAGCAUUAGCCGACCAUGUCCAGGGUCAAUCCUUCUUAUUGACGUCGGCGAUGGCAACGGUCGAGAAGGAUUCCAGAGGUUCUUCUCCGGUGACUUCGACCUGGCAAUUGAGCGCCUCAUGCAAUUUAGCCAGAGUCCGACGAGCACGGGAAAGCACUCGGUGACGCAGUUGCACCUUCGCAUCCGUCGGUCUACAGAUCGACGUGGGCACGAUGUGAUGACUGUGGUCAUGUCUGCACUCUCCGGCAUCCUGGGCCACCUGCACGUCGUCGAGAUCUUCAUGGACGAGGAAAAUCCGCACCCUUCGACUAGCGACGCCUUCCGUGGCCUCACUCAUCUGCGGCGGCUGCACAUAGAAGGUGAAGCGCAAGGAAAGCGCUUCUUAUGUUUCCCUCUGCACCUCGUUCGAGAGCUGGUCGUCAAAGCCAGAGUGUCUCUCGGAGACAUCUCGAUGCUGCUACAAAUCUCGUCGAGGUUAGAUCUGCUGGUGGUGGAUUUCCGCUGUUGCGCCCAUACGUCGACCAUGCCCGCGCUGAACAGCGUCAAGAGAAGCUCGCAUCUACCAGGAAUCGUACAUGCUACUUCGAACGAGUCGGAGGCCCUCUUGCCCUUCUUGCAGAAGUUUUCUCGGGCGGAGGAUUGGUCGCUGCUUCGCAUGUCAACUGCGUAA